UAUUCAGUCGUCGCUUCGUAGUCUGCGAACUCUUCUUGUACCUGCUCCAUAUGUUUUGGCAUUUCUGGCUGGGUCCACGAGUGCAUGUUUUACCGACAAUGCUAAUUUUGUAAUAAGUACAGGAUGAUCUUGUACAAAGUUUAGGCGUAUUAAUAUAAGUAGCUUGUAUGUUUAGACAGUAGACACCGUGUCAUCUGCUGAACACGUACGUUUCUCAACUUCUCGCAAAUCCUAGCGUAGUUACAUCACCGGUGAUUGUUGCACAUUCUUGGACACCUGCCAACAGCAGUUCGGUUCUUGUUAACGUUGGCUGUUGCAGCCUGCUCCAGUUUUUCCAGUUAGUGUCAGUGGCAACGCAGCUUUGCCGGGUGGUAAAUUCGUUUCCGAGCCGGCACGAUAAUGUCUCGUUCUAAGUCGUCCAGUUCUGCUGCUCCAACGAUGGAUCCAGGUACCGCUGCUCCAACCGGCCGCGCUCAGUUCUCGAUUCCGGAUUUACUUCAGUUGUACCGGCAAACACUGUAUAUGGCUUGCAAAGAGGCGGAUUUGUCAGCAGCCGGCAAUCCUUUCGGUGAAGACGGUUUGGCUGCCAUUCGAUCGGAUUUGGACAAUUGGAACAAUGUGGAAUUCGAUCCACCUGGCUGUCUGCGACUAUCCAAAAAGUCCGGAGCAUGCCAAAAAAUUGUGUCUUACUGGAAAAAACUUCUUGGAAGUAUUCUUACGGAUCGGGAUCCCUCCAGUUUCGGCAAUCACGACCGCGGUGUUAUGACAAUCUGCAAGCUUUUGCAUAAGGAUUUUCAAGUGGCCGUUCUGGCUAUUACAAAGUGGAAUGAAAGGGAUUUUCCGAAUAUCCCCACCGAUCAAGUGAAAGAAAAACUUAGUAUGAACCAGCUGACCUUUCUGUGCCGCCGCUACCACAACGAUCUGACACUGAUCGCUCAUGCGUUCAAGUCUAGCAUCGCUAACAAUGAUUUCAAAUACCUCAAUCCACGAUCAACGGAAACAUAUCCAAUAGACAAUGCGGAAUACGAAUCCAAAGAAGAGGAUAACGCUCACGAUACUCCACCGAAACAGGAAAAGCGUAAACGUCCUUUCAAUGGAGAUGAUGAGGGAAUGGGAGUGGGCGCGAAUGAUACCUACGAUAUGUCGCCGAAGCUGGCGCAGUUGCCUUCGCGUCUUCCCGAAAAAAAUUUUCCUACUUUUGCUAACCCUCUCACUGGGAAUUCUCUUGCAUUUCCCCCCAGUCAGAAUCGGAUACCGUACGAGCACGAUGCCAGCAUUCUCAAAUCAUUGUUGCCAAAAGCGGAUGGCAAUCGAGGUCAUGAGGCGCAGUUUUCGGCACCGCUGGAUUUGGAUCGUCAUCCUCAGAAAUCUCCCAAAUUAAAUGGCACUCAGACGGCACAGUAUGCGAACCAGCAGGCUAGCCAACCUUCUCGUGUGCGCACUGAAGGACGAGAAGAUCCCAAUGCGGAAAUACAGCGUCUACGCAAUAAAAAUAAGAAAUAUGUCGGCAUAAUUAUGAAUUUGGUCGAACAGUUGGUGCAAGUGGGACAAAUUCCCUUCGUGGAUCUGCGUUCCAUUGAGCAGGAAGACCGGGAUCAGCAGCAGUCAAACACUAUCAUCGCUCCGGAACCACCGAUCGCCGCGUCCCGCAAUCCUGAACAGUCCGUGCCCCGGCGUAAUUCAAGCUCAUCGACCACGAGUGUCUAUAUUAAUGGCCACACACAAAAGCGUGAUGUGCAGCCAUCUCCUGUUAAUUACUCGGAUCCACGCCGCAAAGUACCGAAACCGAUGCCGCAGGUGACCUUUGACCGCACGACCAUGCGCUGGAGCGAUUCGGCUUCUGGGCAGGAUUCCAACCACGGAGCCGUGGCUCAGCGGAAUGCAUAUCCCGCUACCGUGAUUCGUGUCCCUCCGGUGGUCAACGGUGCGGUUCGCUCUACCCUGUCAUCGCUGCUCGAAUCGCCAUCCGGUAGCCCGGUCAUCGACGCGAAAACCGAGCAUCACUCGCAGAUGAACGGUCACGGUGUAAAGAGCAAACGAAAGAACAAUCCCGUUAAACGCGAGCUGCCGGGCUAUGCGCCGCGAUCGGUGGCGUCGCCGGAUGCCAGUGGGACAUCGGAUGAUACAGCCUCCGUAGCGUCGACCGAUCUGAAUAAGAACGUCCGAGCCAACCUCUUUGUUCCGCCCGUGGAAACAACAUACGUGGAUAAUCGUGGAGGUGCAACACAGGAAGGAACCAAGAUGGAUCACCGCAACGAGAAUGGGGCCAGCAAGAAGAAGUGUAAUCUGCAGAGCCUCACGGAUAGUUUAAUGUUUGCGAACAGUGGACUGACGUCGAUGGCGGCGGCUGCUACCGUGGAUGGUAACGAUGGCCAGACGACUGCACGUAUUGUUCCGGGUUCGGUGGUUUUUGGUCGAGCGCGGGAUGGCUGUUUGUAUCCCGCAGAAGUGGUGGAAAAAUUGGAGAACAGCUUUGUGGUUGCUUGGAUGCAUGCAAAUUCUUCAGCCAGUUUACGAGCAGAAGACGUCUUCUCUCUGGAAGAGGUUCUUAAACCAUACCAAGAAAUUCGAUACAGAAAUGAGGACGAAGUGCAUCGAGCAGUUUUUGUGGACCGUAAUCGCAACCAUUCUUGCUCUAUUCUCAAUUUGUUUGGCCAUCAAAAGCGGUGUCAUCUCGCGGAUAUAUUUGUUCCCGAUGAGAAAUACGAAGAUUAUGAUGAUCAUGGACAACGAGAAUAUCUAAACGAAGCUCUGGAGUCACAUGAAGCUGCUGCUCUGCAGAACUUAUCGGCAAAUUUGUUUCCGCGCACGGUCACACGAGGUUCUCGCACAGCGUAUUUUCGAGGAUGCUGUUUCAUUCUGACGUCGCAGAAGAACAGUUUGUUCAAGGGAUACGACGAUGAUCAGAUCAUUGGGCUGAUCCAGGCGUUGGGUGGCAGUGUAGUGAAAAAGUUCGAAGAUCUUGUUGCGCAGGGAGAGGAAAAGUACCUGGUCGCACCGUGUACCUGUGGAACUCCCAAGUUUUUCCAAUGCCUCGCGGCCAACAUUCCCUGCGUAUCGUACCAGUGGAUCAUCGACUGCCACAAUGACCGGUCCAAGUUGGAUAUCAGUCCAUACAUUUUACCGGCAGGAAUGGACGGGGAGCAAGUAGUUCUUUGGAAUCCACGUACCUUUAUGUUUGGCGAUCAGCGGAUUGGCCUGUAUGAGGCCGCAUCCAAAUUGUGCGAAACGUGGUUUUUGGCGCUCAAGUCCGGAAAUGUGGAUGUUCAUGUGGUUGACCCGGAUAGCGCUGUGAAAGAUCUGCAAAGCGUUGAAGUGCUGGUGGUUGAACGCUCAUGUAGCCAAGCACUGCGGGAUGCGGCGGCAGGCAGUGGAGUGCAUGUUGUUAAUGAAAACUGGUUAAAGAAAAGCCUGGUCCAUGGAAAAAUGCAGCUAUGGAAUAAUCCUGAAUUUGCGCCUGAAAUCGAGUAGCACAUUAACAUCUUUGCGGAUGGUUAUAGUUCCAGUACUUUUGCUCAGCGGUUAAAUUAUUCCCGUAACUGUUGUCAUUUGCUCACUUGAACUCAUUGGUUCGAGCGGUCGUUCCAGUGCGUUUUCCUCAUAACUUUGUAUUUUGAUUUUGUUUAUUUUGCAACCUCAACGUUUUAGUAACUUCGUUCCUAAUGGGAUGGUAUCGCGCUAUAGUUUGCGGUGUUAUCUUGAGAAAGUUGAGUUAAGAAAUCAGGCGAAUCGGUGAACUGCUUCUUUUUUGUUUUAAUAACAUUCUUGUUUAUGUGUGAAUUGUGUUUAAAUUAACUUAUUUACAGCACUUGUGUAAUUGAGUAGCAGACCGUUGUAAGAACUAUCGCUAAACGAAAUAAAAAUGCG